AUGUCCACCAAGGAGAGCGGCCUCGUCACGCCCCCCGAGAAGGGGGACAAUGUCGUCGACUACCAGGCCAGCACCGCCGUCAUCCCCGGCGAGGGCGUGGAGCGCGAUGGCAACUGGUUCACGCGCAACGGCCUCAAUGCCGAUUCCUUCAAGAAGAAGCACUAUGGCCCCGGCCUCGUGGAGCUCGAGCGCCCCAUGAAGGCGCGCCAUCUGCACAUGAUCGCCAUUGGAGGCUCUAUCGGUGCCGGUUUCUUCGUCGGCUCGGGUGGUGCUCUGAGCAAAGGUGGCCCUGGUUCUCUCUUCGUCGACUUCCUCAUCGUCGGUAUCAUGAUGUUCAACGUCGUGUAUGCCCUCGGUGAACUCGCCAUCAUGUACCCCGUCUCUGGUUCUUUCUACACGUACUCUGCUCGAUUCAUCGACCCCGCGUGGGGUUUUGCCAUGGGUUGGAACUAUGUCCUUCAGUGGGCUGCCGUGCUUCCGCUCGAGUUGACCGUCUGUGGUAUCACGAUUGGGUACUGGAAUAGCGACAUCUCCGUGGCCGUCUGGAUCUCCAUCUUCCUCGUUGCCAUCAUCAUCAUCAACGUGUUUGGCGCCCUGGGCUAUGCUGAAGAGGAGUUUUGGGCGUCGUGCUUCAAGCUCGGAGCGACCGUCGUCUUCAUGAUCAUUGCCCUCGUCCUCGUCCUUGGUGGUGGCCCCUCGGAUGGCCGUUACAACGAGUACUGGGGUGCCCGGUACUGGUACGACCCCGGCGCCUUCAAGAACGGCUUCAAGGGAUUCUGCUCCGUCUUCGUCACCGCCGCCUUUUCCUUCUCUGGCACUGAGCUGGUCGGUCUCGCCGCUGCCGAGUCGUCCAACCCCACCCGCAACAUGCCCGGUGCCAUCAAGCAGGUCUUCUGGCGUAUCACCGUCUUCUACAUCCUCGGCCUCUUCUUUGUCGGACUGCUGGUCGACAGCAACGACCCUGCUCUGCUCUCCGAGUCCAGCUACUCGGAUUCCAAGGCCUCCCCCUUUGUCCUCGUCGGCAAGUAUGCUGGCCUCAAGGGAUUCGACCACUUCAUGAACCUCGUCAUUCUUGUUUCCGUCCUGUCCAUUGGCGUCUCUGGUGUGUAUGGUGGAUCCCGAACCCUGACUGCGCUUGCUCAGCAGGGCUAUGCUCCCAAGCUCUUCACCUACAUUGACCGAUCUGGCCGUCCCCUGCCCUCGGUCAUUGCCCUCAUCCUGUGCGGCUUCAUCGCCUACGUCAGCUUGAGCGCCACCGGCCCUGUUGUCUUUGACUGGCUCCUCGCCAUUUCUGGUCUUGCCGCUCUCUUCACUUGGGGCUCCGUCUGCCUUGCCCACAUUCGAUUCCGCAAGGCCUGGAAGUAUCACGGCCACACUCUCGACGAGAUCCCCUUCAAGGCUGUCGGUGGUGUCUAUGGUUCUUGGCUCGGCCUCAUCCUCUGCAUCAUUGUCCUCAUCGCCCAGUUCUACACUGCCAUCAUUGCCGGCCCUGAUGUCAAGGGCAUGGGUACUGCGGAGAGCUUCUUCAAGCAGUUCCUCGCCGCCCCCGUCGUUCUGGCAUUCUGGAUCAUUGGCUGGGUCUGGAAGCGUGAGCCUUUCCUGCGAACCAAGGAUAUUGACGUCGACACGGGCCUCCGUGAGCUCGACUGGGAUGAGAUCCGUCGCCACCGCGAGGAGGUUGCUGCCUUGCCUGCCUGGAGACGUAUUCUCCACACCCUGUUCUAA